AUGCUCACGCUCUGCGACAAUGUGGUGGAAAUUCUGAGACUGGAGGACUCGCUCGUAGAGGUCCCGUUGCCAUGCAGGGUCUACGGCGACAUUCACGGUCAGUUGUUGGAUUUGUUGGAAUUCUUCAACGCGUUUUCUUGGCCAGACAAGAGGCGAGGUGACAUAUUCUCGAUGAACUAUGUCUUCCUGGGUGAUUUCGUCGACAGGGGCAUGUACUCUUGCGACGUGGUGUCGUUGCUGUUCUCCUUCAUAUUGUAUCCUUCCAAAGUAUUUUUGGUUCGAGGCAACCACGAGGACAGGAUGAUGAAUUUGAACUUUGGCUUCCACGCCGACUGCCACCAGAAGUUCGGGCAGGACGGCGAGGACACCUGGCAGCGGAUCAACGACGUGUUCGAGUUCCUGCCCAUGCAGCUCUCGUGGAGAAGGCUAUCCUGUGCAUCCACGGGGGCAUAG